AUGUUUAGUCAUACAGACGAGAAGCGUUUUCAGUGUGAACAGUGUGGAAAGUGUUUUAGACGUGUUACAACUCUUCAAUGCCACAUGCAAACUCAUUCAAGUGAGAAGCGGUUUCAGUGCAAACAAUGUGACAAGUGGUUUCGUCGGCCUGAGCGUCUAAAAACGCACAUGAUUAUCCAUUCGGGAGAGAAGCCAUUUCAGUGUACAAAAUGCAACAGGUGUUUCAGUCAGCCCCGAUAUCUUAAAACACACUUGUUGUACCAUUCAAUAAAGAAGCCAUUUAAGUGCACACAAUGCGACAGGUGUUUUAGUAAGCCUGAUCAUCUAACAAAACACAUGCCUACUCAUUCAAAAGAAGCCAUUUCAGUGUACACAAUGUGA